CACAUGUACUGAGUGGAAAGGGUUUCAAAUAAAGUGCAUAUAAAACCCCCUCAUCCCCCUUCGUUUUUUUUUCACAUUUUAUGUUGCUGCCUUAUGUUAAAGUAAAUCAAGUAACUUUUUCCCCACAUCAAUCUACACUCCAUUCACCAUAAAGAUGAAGCAAAAAAUAUAUAUUUUAAAACUUGUGAAACUAAAAUAAGUACACUGCAUAAGUAUUCAUACCCUUAACUCAGUUCUUGGUUAAAUCACAUUUACAGCCUUAAGUCUUUUUGUGUAUGACUUGACAAUCUGUAAUUGGCUAUUUUUCUGCCAUACUACUCCUCAGAUCCUCUCAAACUCUUUCAGGUUGGAUGGGGACUGUCAGUAGACAGACAUUCUCAGGUUUCUACAGAGAUGUUAAAUUGGGUUCAAGCACUGGCUAGACCACUCAUAGACAGAGUUGUCCUUGAGCCAAUCUUACAUUGUUUUAGCUAUGUGCUUAAGAUCAUUGUCCUGUUGGAGAAGAAACCUCCUGCCCACUCAGAGGUUCUGAAUGUUCUGGACUAAGUUUUCAUUAAGGGUAUCUCUGUAUUUUAUGCCGUUGAGCCUUUCUUCUAUCCUGACAAGUCCCCCCACGCCCACAUCAUGAUGCUGUUUCCACCACACUUUACUGUUGGGAUGAUAUUGUGCAGGUGAUGAGCAGUUUCCUCCAGACAUGAGGCUUGAAACUGAGAUUCAUAAGAGCAGAGAAUCUUGUUUCUGACAGUUUGAACGAUUUUUUAAAGUUUUUCUUUGCGUGUGCACAUUUCAAGUUUUCAUGUGUCUUCACUGAGGAGAGGCUUGGCCACUCUCUCAUAAAGCCCAGAUUGGUGGAGGGAUGAAAGUGAUGUUUGUCCUUCUAUAAGUUUCUCCCAUCUCCAUAUAUGAUUGAUCAUGGAGCUCAACCUGUGUGAUCAUCAGCUUGGUCACUGCUCUAAGCAAGACCCUUCUCCAUUGAUUGCUCAGUUUGGCCAGGAAAAAAAGCUCGAGAUGUGGUUGUUUCGUACUUCUUCUGGUAAUGAUUAAUGGAGGCUACAUCUGUGAACCUUCAAUACAGCAGAUUUUUUUGUAGUCGUCCUCAGAUCUGUGUCUCGAUAAAAUCCUGUCUCAGAGUGGUACUGGUAGUUCUUCUUACCUCGUGGCUUGGUUUUUGCUCUGAUAAGCAUUUUCAGCUGUUAGACCUUCAUACACAUUCAAUUGAAUAUGCCACAAGUACAAGUUAACUACUUGAAGUGUAGUAACAUCAACAAGAAAACUGGAAAAAGUUCAGUGUUUUUUGGACUUUCACUUUGUAACUUGUGACACUUCUUGUUUCUUGUUUUAUUUUGUACUCUUUUGUAGUUCUUUUGGUUUCCCGUGAAUACUUGUCAUGUGUGUCUUGUUAGCCCUCGUUAUUCUUGUGAAUUUGUUUCUUUGUCUGGUGUUGUUUUCAGUCUUAUGAUGAGUCUCCUUAUUUCCUUAUUUGUACUUCUGUGAUUAUAUAUGAUUGAACAUUGCAAAAUUCUGCUACUACAAAUGCAAUUACAUAUAUCAAGAAAAAUAAAGUUUUAAAUAAAGACCAAUUACCAGUAAAAAAGUGACUGCUAGAUUCUGUCUUCUAUUGAUGAAAUAUUUUGAAAUAUACUGUUACUAUCUCCAUUCCUAAAUAUAAUUAACAUUUUUCUUUCAACAUAUAAUACAUCCAUUAAAUCAGAAUCACUGUGUCAGCGUGUUUUUUGUUGUUGUCGUUGCUGUAUGUAAAUAGCAAUAAAGUUUGAAAGAGUUGUCGGAGGCUUGGUGGUGGUGACGUUGAUUUAGAGCCACCUUAAGUGUAGUCUGUUGAUAGCAUUGUGUUAGCGUUUUACUUCUGUCCAUUGUAUUUCGGCUUCAAAAGUAACAAAUGUGGUGUCAGCAAUGUAAAGAUUAUCUUGAUAGACAAAACGUGUAAGUCUCAUAACCCUUUGUUAAACACAGAGCUUAUUUUUUGCGAUUUUCCAAAAGUCUAUGGGAAAAAUGCACAGGCUUUCAAACCAGGGAACACGUGCGCCGCUAACUUCCGGGUUGGCAUACAAAAACACGUCAUCUCUUUGGCUCCCUAUAACACAGCUGCAAGACGGCCGAGCGUCGCUAUAGUUACCAUUACGGUAAUAUCAGGUCAAUGAAAUAGUGUGCGACUCUUAUCACUGUAUUUACGGUAAUAUCAGAACCAACAGAGAAGCCGCGCUAACCGUGCGGAGUUGUUUGACCAGCAAUGUUUGAGGUCUGUUCCACCAUACCCCAAAGAGAUGUUCAGUGAAGCCAUGAAUUAAGUUGAGGGUAAACAUCAGUGUCAGAAACAUCAGAAUCUUGUAUUGCUAGAAAUGUCUUCUAGUAGUUUGCAGAAGAGCAAGAGUUUCUUUCCAAAAAGAAAUCAAACCUCAGAAUCAGGCAAGCUCUUCGUGUGUCCUCAGUGUGGGAAGUGUUUCAAACACAAAGGUCGUCUUGAGAGGCACAUGAGAAUUCACACUGGAGAGCGCCCAUACACAUGUCCUCAGUGUGGAAAGAGUUUCGGACUCAAAUCAACGCUUGACCAGCACAUGAGAAUUCACACAGGAGAGCGCCCAUACACAUGUCCUCAGUGUGAAAAGAGUUUUACACAGAAAAAUCACCUUAAGGUGCACAUGAGAAUUCACACGGAAGAGCGCCCAUACACAUGUUCUCACUGUGGAAAGAGUUUCAAACUCAAAUCAACGCUUGAGGAGCAUAUGAGAGUUCACACAGGAGAGCGUCCAUACAUGUGUUCUCAGUGUGAAAAGAGUUUCACACAAAAAAAUAAUCUUAAGGUGCACAUGAGAAUUCAUACGGAAGAGCGCCCAUACAUAUGUCCUUAUUGUGGAAAGAGUUUCAAACACAAAUCAUCGCUUGACGAGCACAUGAAAAUUCACACUGGAGAGCGCCCAUACGUAUGUCCUCAGUGUGAAAAGAGUUACAUACAGAAAUCAACGUUUGAGUCACAUAUUAGACUUCACAUUGGAUAGUGUCCAUGAACAUGCCUUCAGUGUGGAAGAAGUCAUAAAUGAAAGACAAAAGAGAUGUGUGUCUUAAACGCCACUUUUUUAUGCUAUAAUUCAGAGAUAAUAUUGUACAUAAAAUCUUCUACCGUGUAAACUCAAAUGUAUUAAAGCAAAAAGCCGUUUACAAAUGUGGAAUUUAUAUGUGAAGCCGAGUGACUGAAAUGAAUCAUAAGACCACUGACAUGUAUGAAGUAAACAGGGUCACUUUCGUUUUCAUGUUGAUUUAAAGCAGUAAAACAGUUUAAAUCAAUGUUAUUGUUGUUUUCUUCGAAUCUUUAUAUUAUGUUCACAAUUCUCACCGGCAUGUAAACCUGAAAUCAUCAGUCUAAGAAUUUACUGACAAUAAUAAUCCCAGUUUCACAGCUGUAAAGUGACUGAUAGAUUCUGUCUUCUAUUAAUGACAUACUGUAUUUUGAAAUAUGCUGUAACUAUCUACAUUCCUCAGUAUAAUUAAUAAAAAAAUCUACAUAAACCUGUCAGUGGUGGUUGUCUAAAAUUUUUCUUUCACCAUACAUUUAUUAUUAAAUCAGAAUCACUUCAUUCGUGUAUGAGUAUGUUUUCUUUGUUGCUGUAUGUAAAUAGCAGAUAAAUGAAUGUGUGGUGAAGUUGUUAUAAGGUUUCCACACACUAGGUGUCGCUGCUAGGCAACACAUUUCAUUAACUUCGAAAAGGUAAGUUUGCUUUUUUAUUUAUUCAUUUUCUUUAUAGACGGUUUCAGCGGCAACAAGAUAAACCUCCGCAAUGAAUCAAUAACUGUUGAGUAAUUGUAAUUUAUAGUAUUUGUUUUCCAUAUGGCAGUAAAUGGGGGAUACGAUCUGUUUGGUUACUGACAUUGUCUCUUAGCAUGAAAAAUAAACUUUUAUUUAAUCUAGGAAUAAACAGAAAGCCAGCGAAAAACAGUCACUAAAUUAAGGUAUAAUCUCCCGUUAUAAAGGAUGAUGAAACGGAGCAUGCUGCUCAUUUGCUCUGUGCGAGCGAGCCGCAACAAAACUCUUCUAUGCCAGUGACUCAUCUAAACUUCUUAUUGGUCAUUAAGAUCAUGAGCUGUCUAUGAUUGGGUGUGAUGGUCAGCGCUGCGAGUAAAACACGGAAAAUAAUAUGUGAUGCACCGUGAUCGGACGUGAACGUAAUGCUGUAACGGACACGUUUCGUUCAUCUUCACAUUUCAUUCGCCCCGUCCAUUAAUUGUAUAAAGCGGGACGAGUGAUCUCUCAGCAUGAUAAAUACAAGGUGUGGCGUGUGAACAGGCUGAAAUGCGUGUCCCCAGCUAACAAAUUUAUGUUCUAAAAACGUUUUCCAAACGUUCUGUUUUGGUUGUGGCAACGUGAUUUAAAAUGUUCCAAAAACGUAAAAAAGGAACGUUAUUUUAUGGUUAGCAUAAUGU